AUGAAAUCUGAUCAAGCCGAGAUUCAAGUAAGUCAAUCAACGCACAUUCCGCUUGAUGCACUUUUCGGUUCGAAGUGCCGGCUGGUGCCGUCGCAAAACGAAUUAGUUUCAUACAAUAAGGAAGCAACAUCGCCGAAGAAGUGUGUUGAAGUCGCGAAGAAGUCGAAGCUAGCCAAAGACGAGAAUCAGAACGAGGUCAUCCCGAAGCGCGCGUUUUGCCUUUUUUGCAUUCCCAUCGAAAAGCCGAACAUUUUCAAAGGCGGCCGAAAGGCGUCGUACACGUUCUCUGUAGAAGACCUCACCGCCAACCCAGAGAAGCAGAAGAAGAAGAUCUUCGGGAAGAACAAAACGACGGGUUUGCUUUUUUUUUUGCCUUCCCUUCUCAAUUCGUCGAAUUGCAGUUGUCGAACGUUCUCGCCAUCGACGGACCUCUCACAGCGUAGAAUCUAUCAAAUCAUCACCGGUCUUCAAAUCGCCUUCAGCUUAUCCUCACUUCUCGUUGUUUGCAUUGUCCUUCCGAUGAUGUAUAAUCACGUGCAGACCACCAUCGAGUAUGUCGAUCGGGAAAUGGCGUUCUGCGAGCGAUCCAACAGCGAGGCGCUCAUUGAGCUCGAAUAUGGCAAAUUGCGGCUGGCUGGAAAUCGUACAGCUCGCGGCGCUUAUGGCUCAGGAGCUUCGCAUGGAUUCCGAGCGUCGGCGUUCGGCGAUGAGAUCACCGGCGCUCCUUUGGAGACCGAGUGUCCGGGAUGCUGUAUUCCGGGACCGCCGGGACCACGUGGUGGCUCUGGGGCUCCGGGCAAGCCGGGAAUGCCGGGACUCGCUGGAAAGCCGGGCUUCCCGGGCGUCACGCCGAAUCAGACGUGCCCGAUCAAUCAGGUUCGCGAGCCGCCACCGUGUCGUCCGUGCCCGCGCGGACCACCGGGAAUCAAAGGAUGGCCGGGAUUCCCGGGAGACGUUGGACCACCGGGACCGCCGGGACUCAAAGGACUUGACGGCGAGGAUGGAGCGCCUGGCGAAACCGGACCAAUAGGACCGCCGGGAUAUCGUGGAGGACCCGGCGCGCCGGGAGACAAGGGACCGACACCAGAAGGAGACUUGAAAGAGGGACCGCCAGGAGACGAGGGACCACCAGGACCAGUCGGUGCCCCGGGAAUGCCAGGACUUCCAGGACGCAACGGAUUGACGGGAUCGCAAGGUGAACGCGGAUGGCCAGGAGUCUCCGGUGAGCCAGGAGAGCCAGGAUAUCCGGGACCCGAAGGACCGAUGGGAGGACAAGGACCACCAGGAGAGCCGGGCGUGUGCGUCUGCCAGAACGUCGACAGCAUCCUUCUCAUCAAUCCGGGACCACAACCGCGAAUUCAAGGCGACGCCGCCGACGAGAGCAUUUCGCCACGUGGCGGCUAUUCAGGCUACGGUCGCAAGUAA